UUCAGUAGGAUUAUUUCUGCAGUCAGAUUCGAAAUAUCCCGCGCAAUGUGUGUCGGCGCUGUUUUUCUGUUCGGAGUAGCCGCGCCUUGGUGCUGCAGAGGACGCCGAAGUCGGAACUACGCGCGGAGGAACACCAGCCUUCGGAGCGCGCGCGCGUGCGUUGAAAGCUGCGAUCGAGCAGCCAUUUGCCAGCGACGGCACAUUCUUCUACCGUGGUUGAUGUUUCUCACUGCUUUGAACCCCCAAGACUCCACGGACUGCGGCUGCGGUCGUUUCAUUGCCAACUGUGAGGAUGAAGCAGCUUCAUGGCCGGAGAUCGGGUGCCUGCCAUCAGUUUCCCUUUUCAGCAAUAGAGGCCUUGGAGGCCUUUCUACCUGCGUUGCAUCCUGUGGCUGGACCACUCCAACGAUCUCGGCGGAAUCGUUACUCAGGAAGAAGUCUGGCUGGCCCCAAGCCUGGUGCAAAAUGAAGAAAUGGCACUCCACAUCGAUUCAUGUUUACUUGUCGUCAUAACCAGUCUGUUAGCUUAAUUUUUGGUUCUUCCUAUUGAAUUCUCAAGAAAGGUACCAACUCUGUCAUUCAUUGAAAACAAAUUUUUGCACUUGGGGAUGCUGCCAUGCACAAAGCCUUUGAGCUCAUUAAUAUCUUUAUUUUUUAAAGAAAGUGCAGCUCCUGCGUGGAGCAAUAGGUUGAAUAAGACGAGGGUAAAUGAAAAGAUGGCGAAAUUAGUCAUCAACAGUUGUCCAACAAAGGAAGUCUGAAGCUGGAGGCAACAUCUUUGCAAGAGAACCGAAUGGCUCCAGCCUGAGACAUUCGUUGUUCAACCUGGCAAGUCUCCUUCUCGAAAUAUUUCCUCUAGCCUGAGACCUAUAUCCAUUCCACCACCCUUGACCAACAAUACACCUAUACAUUUGGUAACCCAUGGAAAGGUAGCAAAUUCACAUUCAAGGAAA